AUGGCUUCAAAGUUUUUAAGAGAAUACAAGCUGGUCGUUGUCGGUGGUGGUGGCGUCGGAAAGUCAUGCUUGACGAUUCAAUUGAUUCAGAGUCACUUCGUCGACGAAUAUGAUCCGACAAUUGAAGAUUCAUACCGCAAGCAGUGCGUUAUCGAUGAUGAGGUUGCUUUGUUGGAUGUCCUAGAUACCGCCGGACAGGAGGAAUACUCGGCAAUGCGCGAACAAUACAUGCGAACCGGUGAAGGUUUCUUGUUGAUUUACUCGAUAACAUCCCGCCAAUCCUUCGAAGAAAUCAUGACAUUCCAACAACAAAUUCUACGAGUGAAGGACAAGGACUACUUCCCCAUCAUCGUCGUUGCCAACAAGUGCGAUUUGGAGAAGGAACGGGUGGUCACAGAGCAAGAGGGUGAGGCUCUCGCGAAGGAAUUCGGCUGCAAGUUCAUCGAAACCUCCGCCAAGUCGCGCAUCAACGUCGAAAACGCCUUCUACGAUCUCGUCCGUGAAAUUCGCCGAUACAACAAAGAGAUGUCGUCGUACCCAUCUGGCUCGGGCGCAUUCGGCUCACGCGCGCCCGAAGGCAAAAUGGACAUGAGCGAGCCAGGCGACAGCGAAGGCUGCUGUGCAAAGUGCAUUAUUAUGUAA